CCUCCUCACCAGCUAAAAUCUGAAAACCCAGACAGGUCUUUUCAAAUCCCUUUAUCAGGACAGAAGAAUCAUUUAGGACUUUUGAUGGAGAAACCUUUUAUCUGUGAUGACUCUGUCCUCAGAAACAGUGCAGAGAGGCCAACGUGUUCUGUUUCGCCUAGUCAACAGACAGCACAUGUUUCCCAAUGCCACGAUGCUGAAAAUGGGGCAGAGGAGAGAUCAAGAAAAAUGAUAAAGUUAGAUGCAGCUUUAUCAAUGGAUGCCGAAUCUGAAGUGUUGGGAAGGAGAAGAAAGCCAACACUAAUUAGGUCCAAAACAUUUGACCCUUCAUUAUUGACACAUGUCCAAAGUGACACAGAGUCAAAGACCGAAAGGAAGAAGCACCACUCUUAUCAUUUUCCCCGGACGAAUUCCCAAUAUCACAAAAUUUUCAAAGAUAUCAGCGAGAAUGAGCAGUUGAAACAAAGUUACACUUGUGCCUUGCAGAAAGACAUUCUGUACCAAGGGAGGCUUUUUGUGUCUGAUAACUGGAUCUGUUUCCAUUCUAAAGUCUUUGGCAAAGACACUAAGAUCGCCAUCCCAGUUUCAUCUGUAACGGUUAUAAAGAAAACAAAAACUGCCAUCUUAGUGCCGAACGCACUGGUUAUCACCACAGCACAAGAGAGGUAUGUCUUUGUGUCAUUCCUGUCCCGAGACACCACGUACAAGGUUUUGAUGUCAGUUUGCAUACAUCUGGAUGACAAGUGUCUGGGAAGCAGCCCCAUCCCCUCUCCUACAGACAGCAGCUACAGAGUGACUCCUUCUGCGCUUCCUAUGGAUUUCUCAGCAGAUCUGUCCGAUCUGGAUGGCCCAGUAGUUCAGAGGAGACAAGAAAUGGGGGACAGCAGUAGCUCAGACUCUCCAGAUUCACCAGAGUAUGAGAAAAUCCCAGAGUACCCAAAACGUUCUCAAGUUUUUCUGAAUGUGGUGAAACAGGACAGUGCCUCAGACUCUCACCCACAGCAAGCAAAUCAUGAACAGAAAGUGCAUGAUGUAAAAUCACUGAGACCAAAUUCACUUAACAUUCUUCUGAUGGUCUACCUAUUUCUAGUCUGUGUUUUAGUCCUGUCUUCGUGUUACAUGGCUUUCAAAAUAAUAUCUCUGGAACAGAAGCUAACGUCUCUAGGUUCCAUGACGGAAUUUUCUCACAAUGGUUUCAGAGAUGAGUAUCACAGACUAUACCCUGAGGAUACUGCUGACAUCAUCUCUAUUCUAUCAAUGAACCUUGUGAAGCUGGAAAAGAUUCAGAGAAACCUCCAGAAACUACUGGAGGAAACCUAAUGACGUUAAAAUGUAAACCAUUCGUCUGCAAUGGCAUAAUACAGACUCAAGCAAAGGGAGCCCAGAUGUCAACAACAGACUUACAAAGGACAAAAACAUGGUAUAAGUUACAGUGAGUGAGUUCCUAAAGUAUGUUUUCACUGUGUUUAUACAUGUUUCACUCUAAGACAUACAGAAUACUGUGAAAACUCUUCAAGAUAUCAUUUGUCUUUUUUACAAAGCCAAGUAGCUGCUGGUGGCUGCAUUACGCAAACACAAGAGCUUGGUUAUCGAGAGCCUGAUUAAUUAUUGAUCUCAGUAAUGAAGUAAUCAUGAAAUAAAGAUUAGCUGGUCUGGUGUUUUCUUUUGGUGCUAAAGUCAUGAAUGUGUGUCAUUUAUUGCUGAAUUGUUUUGACAACUGCAUCAAUUGUGCUUAAGCCUAACAAAAUAGAGUAUGAGGUUUUUUUCUUCAAUAUCAGAUUGGGAAUGUAUGUAAUCGAUGUUGUAAAAUAAACUUGUAUUCAGGAGACUUCAAAGUCAUGCAUAUGUCAUGUGUGUACAUAACAUAUGGGUAAAUGAUUAAUUUCAUGAAAUGUGUUCACUUUUUGGAUAUUAUGUGCCUUAAGUUAAAAUAAAUCUCAGUACAUGUGAUAUGUUAUGGAUGCCUCUGCAUGAGAUGUUUUUGAAAUGCUUUUGUGCAGUGUAGAAUAUGUGGAAUGUGUUCCUGUGUGGGCGGGGUGUGAAGGCAGGCACAGCCAAUGAUGAUGCCGUCUCUUCCUCGUGAUGCUGAUGACACAGUACAUGGUUUUCAGAACAGCACUCGGUCAUCUAUGGCUUUCAUAUGGAAAUCAGAAGCUAUGAGCAGCAUGCCCUUUAAAAAGCCACUCUUUAGUAAAGGGGGUAGUGCUGUAUAGAACUGUGACAAUGUGUGAUCAUUCUUUGCAUGGUUAGAUCAUUCUUCUCUAUAAUGGAAAAAUCUGUUGAAUGUAGUACUUUAAGGAACUUAAAAAUAGUUUUAUAUACCACCAAAAGGGGUUGAGCUAUUGUUAUGUGCCAUCUCCUCUCCUCUUCUGUUAUAGGUCAAAGAAUCCUGAUUCUAUUGUUGUCACCCAAAAACUGACUUUCCAGGUUUAUAUCAGUUAUGUAACAACAUUGUCAAAGUUCUGAUGAUUUUGAAAUGUCAACACAAAAUUGCAAAGAACAUUUAUUAAAAUGUUAUUGCUUGUA